AUGAGGGUAAAUUGCUUCGGCCACAAGCUAAAUCUCGUUCUAAGAAGACUUCUAAAGCAAAGCUUUUUGCUUAGUAUUAUUGAUCGGAUGAAAUCAGCUGUUCGUCGCAUACACAAAUCGGGAAUUUCCCGACGCAAGUUUAUUGGAAUGAUGCUAGGAGAUGAAGCUCUUAUCGAUAUAUGCAAAGAGUUCACAGACAAGCUCAACAAAGCCACCGCAGAAGCUUAUCAGGAUGAUGACUGGGUGUCUGAAAAUGUGCGAGAAGAAAAGCUGUUGAUUUCG